AUGGCGAACCUGUCGGCCCAGGACAUCAUGGGUGGCUCCACUGGUUCAACUAUCCCGUACCAGACGGCGGGCGACCCAACACUGACCUCUGGCCCGAUGUUUCAGAGGGAACAGACCUUUCUUUUCUCCUCCCGUCAUCCCAAGACGGUGCAGAGGCAUUUCCACUGGAUGGCACAACACGGCGUGGAUGGCGCCUUUCUACAACGCUUUGCUGGGCAAUGCGAUGUGGAAGACGGCGGGAACUUGGGCAUCAGAAACCAGCGGGACGAAGUAGGGGAUCGUGUCAAGGAGGCCGCCGAGAAAGAGGGUAGAGUUUUUGCGAUCAUGUAUGACGUCUCCGGUGUUGCCCCGGAACGCAUACAGAAGGUGAUUGAACACGACUGGCAUCACCUCAUAUAUGAAAAGAGCGUAUUGGAUAGCCCAAAUUACCUACGCGAGAAGGGCAAAGCCGUUGUUACAUUCUGGGGCUUUGGCUUUGCAGAUUCUCGUCAUGAUCCUGCGACGGUUCGUGCUAUCACUGCCUUCAUCCGUAAUAAUACCCCCGGUGGAGCGUACAUCAUGGCUGGUUCGCCUGCCUAUUGGCGUACGUCUACGAGCGACGCGGACAGAAAUCCUGAAUUCGUCAAUGUUUGGUUAGAGGAGUUCGAUGCCAUCUCACCGUGGACAAUCGGCAGAUACGGGAGCCCCGAGGAUGCUGAUAGACAUGAGCGGGAGAAUAUCAAGGGAGAUCUUGAAUUAAUCAGAAAGAGAAAUGAACACCAGCACUCAAAGCGGCAGAUUGAUUACAUUCCUGUCGUGUUUCCUGGCGGAUCGGGCUACAACCUAUCCGAGGGGAAGUGGGGUUGGAAUGACAUUCCACGCCGCGGUGGUCGCUUCUUAUGGAGGCAGCUGUAUAAUGCGCGCAGGAACGGGAUCCGCAUUAUCUAUGGAGCUAUGUGGGACGAAUAUGACGAAGGAACGGCAUUUCUGCCCGUUGUUCCGCAUCAGAAUCAACUUCCCGUCCUGGAUAAUUACAAGUUCAUGGCAUUGGACGAAGAUGGCCUUGAACUACCCUCUGAUUGGUACAUGCGUAUAUGCGGCUUCGCCGUUGAAAGCCUACGAGGACAGCGUGAGAUCGAAGAGGCGUUCCCAGAAAAGGAGCUGCAGGAUUACUGGUCCUCACGGCCAAAGGGUGCGGAUCUGGGCAGCGGAUCGGCAGACCCUGGUGGCAGCAAGUCCAAACCGUUUGAAGAAUGGGAAAAAUUAGAGAACGAGGGAGGGAAGAUCGACGACGUUCCUCCGCCCCCUUAUUCGCUGGAGCUAAAUGAAGCCCUUGCAGAGCAGCAAUCUCGGAAUGUUUCAUCCUCUCCGCCUCAACCUAGAAUCUCCACACGUCCCCCCACUGGACAAUCGUCUAGACAUUACACUACGAUACAAGCAACACCGUCCGCACCACCUGUGGUGUCCACUUCUCGUCCAUCUAUUCCCUCUUCUCCUGUGAACGCUAGCCCACGUACCAGCCCCGUCGUUCCAGAAACUGUAAACUCUCUUGCAGAUUCGUUCCACCGGCAAUCCAUCGGUCCUCCUCCGUCCCCUUAUACAAGAACAGCUUCCACUGGUCCUGCUGCAAAUCAAAGCACAUCUCCUCCAUCUGCUUCCGGAUUCCAUCAGUCCGUUUCACAGCCUCUCGCUUCGAGACCCAGUCAGUCGAGCUCCCCAGCAUCCGCACCUUGGCCUCCACCGUCGUGGGGACUCCCUCCUGCUCAGCGCCCGCCACAACCUCCGCAUCUCUCAUACACUAGACCAAACCCGAUGCACGACCGACCGCAUUCCGGCGGAGGACCCAGUCCGCCUCUCGGUCACACCUAUAGCUACCCGCCAGGUGCUACAAGCUCGCCGCCGCCGCCACUCAUGCCUCGCCCUUACAUGCCGAUGUCCCACACAGAACACCAUCCCGAGAGGCCCCAAGGCGUGCAGAUGCCCACCCUCAACGUCGGCGCCGGGCAGUGCCCUGCGCCAUACGCGACGUAUGCUCGACGGUCGUCCCCUUCGCACCCGCACCACGCGAGACCCCCGGAGCAUGGUGCUGAGAGCGUGCAGUUCCCGCAGGCGUACGCCCCGCCGUCUCCUCUUGACUACACCGGGCAGCAGCAGCCCUUCGGCGGCUAUCCCUACCUCCAGUCGGGGCCGCCGCCCGGUCCUGACCCUCAGAGAUUUCCCGCGCAUUAUGGCUCUCCGCCUCCCCCGCAUCCGGGCCAUUCCAGUGGUCCUACGCAUCCCCGGCCCAACGGUCCUCCACCAGGCCAGAACUACAUGUAUCUCCCUCCUCCUGGGCCGCCGCCACCAGUCCCGCCCACUCAUCCACAGCGCCCCGCCUAUCAAGGAGCCGCACUCCCGGCUGGGCCGUCCCUCUCUGCCAACCCUGUCGGAUACGCAAAGAAUGCGGCACAUGGUAUUACCCAGGCGAGCAAAGAAUUCUACAAGAAGCAUUUGAAAUGA